GGACCCAAAAUGUAGCGACGAAAGUUCGUGUAGCGGAGCAGGUCUAGAGGUGAGUGAGACGCGCAACGUUUCUUUCUGCCAACUCGUCUAUGUAUCCCGGCAGAAGAUCUCGUUGAAUUUCUCGUUUGUGCGAAAGAGCUUUGCCGACCGCACAAGCACACAAGAAAUUACUAAGACUGACAGUUUGAUCUUGUAUGAGAAGGUUAGGGAAAAGAGAUGAGCGCGACACACAAUCACGGUUUCUCUUAUUUGCUUGUAAACCCGUCUACUGGAUUUGUGUGACGUGAUGGAGGAGAAACGCGCCAAGACUUUCACGUCUCGACGUGUUUGUGAUGUUAUCGCGCAUUUGCAAUAUAUUGCGGUUGUAGGGUGUAUUGUAAUAGACAGUAGACGGGUGUGGGGCGUGGUGCGAGGUGAUAGAUUAGAGCAAAUGGAUUGUUAGAUUGUGAUGUGAGUAAAGGGUUGAUGUGGUUGUGUACUGAUUGGAUUGAGAGCACGUGUUGAGUGAAUUGUCGUUUGUUAAUGAAAUUGGAAGGAUUUAUUGUUAUUGAUGUGUUACUGUGAUGUUAGAAUGAGUGAGAGAGACAUCACAAGAUUGAAUAGCCAACUAGUGGUUGCUGUAUUGAAUAAUGAAGGUGACAAGGUUGACAGAUUGUUGAGUCUAGGAGCUUCACCGAAUGCUUGUAAUGAAUAUAGAUUGCCUGUACUGGUGGAUGCUUGUGAUAGACGCUACCAUUCUGUAUGUAAGCUGCUAGUGAAGAGAGGGGCAGAUUUGAACAAAACUGAUUCUUCGGGUAUGACUGCUGUAAUGAUGGUAGCAUGGAAUGGUGAUGAUGAAAUGGUCGACUUCCUUUUAUCAUCAAAUGCUGAUGCUGGACAGAAGGAUGUGAAUGGUAGGACUGCAGUUGAUUGGGCUAUGUAUGAAGGUCACAUGUCCACAGCUUGUCAUUUGGUGUUGGCAACUCAAAGAGUUGAAGAUGUUGCAGUUAAGCAUCGACUUCCUGUGUUGCAUUGGGCAUGUAAGAACAAGAGAGAUGAUGUGAUAAAAACAAUUGUUAAACUGGGAACAGAAAUGAAGGAUGACUCGGGACAAACUUUACUUCACUAUGCCGCUCGUUAUGACAGUCGUGAUGUGGUUGAGUUUCUCUUGGCCAACAAGGCAGAUGCUGAUGCUUCAGACAAGUAUGGUGACAAGCCUUUUGAUUUUGCCGUCAGUAAUGGUCACAUGUCAAUGGCUGUUCGGUUGUUUUCAUUAAUGCAGUCAGUUGAACAUCUUGUACUUGAGUGGGCAUGUAGCAAUGAAGAAAUGGAUGUUGUAAGGAAGAUUGCAGAGAAGUUUUUUCACGCAGUGGAGGAGGAGUCUGGUCGCACUUUACUUCACGUUGCUGCUCAACUUGGUCAUCGUGAUGCAGUCAACUAUCUGUUGGAGAAGAAGGCAGAUGCAGAUGCUAAAGAUAAGUAUGGUGUCAAGCCUUUUGAUUUUGCCUUCAAUAAUGGUCACAUGUCAAUUGCUGGUCAUUUGUUUUCAUUAAUGCAGUCAGUUGAACAUCUUGUACUUGAGGAUGUGUGUAAGCUGCUGCAGUGGGCAUGUAGGAAUAGAAAAAUGGAUGUUGUAAGGAAGAUUGCAGAGAAGUUUUUUCACGCAGUGGAGGAGGAGUCUGGUCGCACUUUACUUCACGUUGCUGCUCAACUUGGUCAUCGUGAUGCAGUCAACUAUCUGUUGGAGAAGAAGGCAGAUGCAGAUGCUAAAGAUAAGUAUGGUGUCAAGCCUUUUGAUUUUGCCUUCAAUAAUGGUCACAUGUCAAUUGCUGGUCAUUUGUUUUCAUUAAUGCAGUCAGUUGAACAUCUUGUACUUGAGGAUGUGUGUAAGCUGCUGCAGUGGGCAUGUAGGAAUGAAGAAAUGGAUGUUGCAAGGAAGAUUGCAGAGAAGUUUUUUCACGCAGUGGAGGAGGAGUCUGGUCGCACUUUACUUCACGUUGCUGCUCAACUUGGUCAUCGUGAUGCAGUCAACUAUCUGUUGGAGAAGAAGGCAGAUGCAGAUGCUAAAGAUAAGAAUGGUGACAAUCCUUUUGAUUUUGCCUUCAAUAAUGGUCACAUGUCAAUUGCUGGUCAUUUGUUUUCAUUAAUGCAGUCAGUUGAACAUCUUGUAGUUGAGGAUGUGUGUAAGCUGCUGCAGUGGGCAUGUAGGAAUAGAAAAAUGGAUGUUGUAAGGAAGAUUGCAGAGAAGUUUUUUCACGCAGUGGAGGAGGAGUCUGGUCGCACUUUACUUCACGUUGCUGCUCAACUUGGUCAUCGUGAUGCAGUCAACUAUCUGUUGGAGAAGAAGGCAGAUGCAGAUGCUAAAGAUAAGGAUGGUAAGAGACCAUACCAACUGGCUGAUGGUGCACUGAGAAGACGACUAAGGAAAGCAAUAGAUGAACAGAAGUAUGCUGUUCUGUUUGCUGAGGGCACAGUGAGACCAGAAAUCAUCAAGUUGUGUUUCAUCGGUUCAGAAGGAGCAGGAAAGACGACACUGAUGGAGGCUCUCAAACGAGGAUGGUUGAAACGAAUUUUCACAAACGAGAAUCAAGCAGACGACCCGUAUUGUGAAGAGGAACGCACGAUCGGUAUCAACGUGGUGACAGCCAAUAUUCCAAGAGUGGGUCUUGUUUCACUGUGGGACCACGCAGGUCAAAAGCAGUUCCACAAAACCCACGGCCUCUUCUUCUCUCCAUCCAACUCGUUGUUCAUCUUGCUAGUGAGUCUAGUGAGAGGAAAGGAGAGACGCAGGUGCAGUGAUGAGGAGUUGCGAGAUGAGCUUCAGUACUGGCUCUCAUUUCUCAGAUCCAGUUUGGAUGGAGAGUUUAUACCCACAGUGUUGAUAAUGGCCAGUCGAGGAGAUUAUUAUCGUGAUAGUCAGCGUGUGUUGCAGCACGUGGUCGACUACAUUCGUGAGCUGUUCAAAGGCAAGAUCAACAUCAUUCAAGAAUGUUUGGUUAUCGACUGCAGGAGUAGUUCAUCUCCUGAAAUGAGAGAACUGAAGAGAGUGUUGCGUGGUGUGAAGCAGCAGCUACAGCAAUCUGCUCCUCUGUAUCCUCGUCUCUGUCAGCCAGUCAUGUCCAAGUUGCUUCCUUCUCUUCGUAAGAAACAAGAAGAUCCAUUCAUGGAGACGGCAACACUCAUGGAGAAGAUCGAGCAGGAAGCAUGUCCAGGACAAGAGAAGAAGGUUGUAGAGAAGGUUGUAGAGAAGGUAGUUGGUUUUCUGGAUGAAUCAGGAGAGAUUGCUGUUGUUGGUGAUGUGGCUGCUCUCAAUCCUGCUUGUCUACAUCAAUAUGCCAUCGGUCCUAUUGUUGCUUCCAAGGAUUUCAAGUGGCAUGUCAAGUCAGAGAGAAAUGAUGGCACAGUAACAAAAGAAGAAGCAAAAACGGCAAUCGAUCAUUACUUGAGAGAUCACAAGAUUGCUGUUCAACUCAACACAGAUAAAGUUCUCGCUAUCAACAAAUCUCUUGGUAUCUGCUUCAAAGUGGAAGGCAGAGACGACACGUACAUGUUUCCAGCUCUCUUGCCUCGUAAGGAUCUGUCUGUCAUGUGGGAGAAAGAUGAGAGUAAGAAAGUGUACGUCGGUCGACGUCAAGUGUGCAGCAGUCAAACGACCAUCUUCAGUCCAUCUACAUUCUGCAUGUUUCAAUCUACAGUUUGCAUUACUUUGGAUCAAAAGGCAAGGCUGUGGAGGGACGGACUGAUCUUAUCACAAGGCAGUACAAUUCAUAAUCUCAUUGAGUGUUUGGUGGCCAUGAUAGAUCCUGUUCGUUCUGUCGACUUUGUGUGUCGUGGAGGCAAGCAAACAGAAGCAGAAUGUGUUUCACUGCUGUACACUGUCAUGUCUCUUUGGAGAGAUAUGUUAGACAGCUACAGUCCGUGCACUGAAUAUCAGACUGAAUAUCUGAGCAGAAAGCAUUUAGAGGAACACAAAGAACUGAAACAAGUCGCUACCUACUCUCAGAAGGAGAUCGACGAAGCAAAAGCAAAGGAAGAAGGCGCACAUGCUGCUGUCAAACAAGUAGUUGGUGAUGAGCUGAUCGUAGAAAGUCUUGGCGACCUGCUGGUUGUUAAACCCAUCAGUCAAUCAGCUCCAGUUUCAUCCAGUGCAGUUUUCAAUGCUGUUAUUGGGUGUGGUUCAUGUCAAUGGUAUUCAUUUGGACUAAAACUAGACUUUAAUCAUGAUCAGAUUGAAGCUUUGUGUCAUGACAAAGUGACUCCUGCUGAUAAAUUGUCUGCAAUCAUCCAAGUAAAGACCAAACAAGUUGGUUAUGUGAAGAAGACGGAUGAUCUGCUGUUAGAGGCAUGUAGACAUUUACCAGAUCCGAUUGAUGGUGCAGUGAAGGAGAAGCUUGGAAUUUAUCAUUAGUCACGUGACUGUAGAAACUAAGCUUGAUAUAUCUAUAGACAGAAUUUAUUAGCAAAAUUACUGUUUUCAAGUGUCACAUUCUGUUUAAAAUAGCAGCAUAUUUGGGCAUGUAAUACCUAGUAAUGAUGGGACUAGCUAAUGCACAUGUACUUAAGGAUUAUUGGCACCCUUAAAACUGAAAACAUUAAAUUCAAGAAACAUU